CAAAAAAAGUGCAUUCAUUGGGUGCGAUGGAAGAAUUCGCUGCCUUCAUAUACAUCCAGAAAAAAAAAGGUUUUUUACUUGCACCGUCAAGUGUUGCGUUUCCAUGACGUUGUGGCAGAACAAGGACAGACAAGCUAUUUAGCCAAGCGCGGGCGCGCGCGCAUGCCUGCGCAUACCUGCUGGGUCCCAAUGUUGAAAUGCCUGCCAUUUGCUGUCACUAUAGUACUGUUAAUGACAAUAAAGAAUUUUUGUGCUAAGUCAUCUUUAGUCGUCAAGUGUAGCAAGCUAGCUCACUUGACGUCCUCUCGACUGCCUCCUAACAUUUGGGUUUCGUGUCGUCAUGUCCUUGAGUUUCAUCUUCCCACGCGAGGAGGAGGAGGAGCAAGCACGCCAAUGCGUCUGCGCCCAUUUGCAUGCGACUUGUCAACAACAUUCCUACUUUCUUCUCCAUCUUUUUGCUAAAGGUUUGGCCGCAGCACUAUUUGGAAGCCGUCUGGCACGCUAGCUACAGCGUGUCAUAACUGUAUUCUAAUAACUACGUAUUGCAAUCGUGUCGUUCCGACGGAGCCCCGCCCGCCCCGCUCCGAGUACUCGGGUUUACUUUCGUUUUCCUGCAAGUCAGCUGAUCGCUUUGGUGAGUUUCGCCGAGCCGGCUGGGUCCUUGACAUUCGGCUCUCUGAACACAAGUUAGUUGAAGUCAAGUUCCUUUUAGCCACCUGUUCCAGACGUUCCGGGAUGGCAGAUGUGAUUCUUCACGGGUACCAGGAGGAGGUGGUCCAAAGGGCUCUGCAGGGGGAGAACAUCAUCGUGUGGCUGCCAACGGGAGCGGGCAAGACGCGAGCCGCCGUCUACGUGGCCCACAAGCACUUGGAAAGGACGCCUGGGGCCAAGGUGGUGGUCCUGGUCAAUACGGUGCACCUGGUUGAGCAGCACUAUAGCAAGGAGUUCCACCCAUUCUUGGGGCGCGCCUACAAAGUGACAGCAGUGAGCAGCGACAGCCACCAAAAGGAUUUCCUGGGCGCCGUGCUGCGUGACCGCGACCUUCUCGUGUGCACAGCGCAGAUCCUCCUGAAUGCCCUGGACAGCGAUGAGGAAGACAAACACGUGGAGCUCUCGGACAUCACCCUGCUCGUGGUGGACGAGUGUCACCGCACUGUCAAGAAGACGGUGUAUAACAAGAUCAUGAGGCUCUACCUGGAGAAGAAGAUGAGCGGCGACGGACGGCUGCCGCAGGUCCUCGGCCUCACGGCGUCGCUGGGAUCGGGAGGAGCCAAAAGUCCGGAGACGGCCGUGCAGCAUGUCCUGCAGAUGUGCGCCAACUUGGACUGCGCCAUCGUUUGCGCCAAAAACUGCAUUGACGAGCUCAACGUCAAAAUAGCCAGGCCUCUUCAAACCUUUGAUAUAGUGGACAAAAGACAGGAGGAUCCAUUUGGUGCUCACGUGAAGUGGAUGAUGCAAGCUAUCCACGCUUUCAUGGAGCCUCCCGAGGACGUCACCCUCAGAGAGUUUGGCACGCAGGAGUACGAGAGCGAUGUGGUCGCACUGCAGAAGAGAGGCGUGAAGGAGCGCGACAGGCGACUGCAACAAUGCGCCAUCCAUCUGCGGCAGUACAACGACGCGCUGCUGAUCCACGACACGCUGCUGAUGGAGGACGCGCUGACUUCUCUCCAGGACUUCUACACAGAGACCACAAUCAUGGAUGACAUCGACCGCUUUCUGGUCAAUCUUUUCCAAGAGAACCAAGCCGGGCUGCUGACCAUGGCUCGCGACACGCGUUACACAAAUCCCAAAAUGGAGCAGCUGGAGAGCGUCCUGCUGAGGCACUUUUCUCCCAACGCCGAGUCCAGAGGAAUCAUCUUCAGCAAGACCCGCCGGAGCACGCAGGCACUACACCGAUGGGCGCUCGCCAAAGACAAAGUGCGCUCGGCCGGCAUUAAGCCCGCCACCGUAACCGGCGGCGCCGGCAUGACGCAGCACGAUCGCAACGAAACCAUCCGCAACUUCCGCCUGGGCUCCGUCAACCUCCUGAUCGCCACCAGCGUGGCCGAAGAAGGCCUGGACAUCGCCGAGUGCAACCUGGUGGUGCGCUACGGCCUGCUGACCAACGAGAUCGCCCAGCAGCAGGCGCGCGGUCGCGCCCGCGCCCAAGACAGCCACUACUCGCUGGUGGCCCAGCGCGGCGGGCCCGAGGAGCGACGCGAGCACCUCAACACUUACCUGGAGGGCCUCACCGCCGCCGCCGUCGGCACCAUUCACCAGAUGAGCCCGCCAGAGUUCAGGGCCAAGAUCGCCCAGCUCCAGCAGCUCGCUCGGGUGGCAGAGAUGCGUACGGAGGAGGAGGAGGAGAAGAACGGCGGCGGCUACUCGGCCGCCCAAGUCCAGCUGCUGUGCGCCAACUGCUUGACGGCUGUGGCACGAGGAAGCGACAUCCAGUUGCUGGACAAAACGCAUUACGUCAACGUCAACCCGCAAUUCAGGAGUCGCUACAACCCGGGCCCUCCGGUCUGUCUGGACAAGACGUUUGAGGACUGGGAGCCAGGCUGCAUCAUCACGUGCAACAACGGCAAUUGCAACAAGCGGUGGGGCUACGAGCUUAAGUACCACAAGCUGGCGCUGCUUCCCAACUUGGCCAUCAAGCACUUUGUCCUGGAGACGCCCAGCGACAGGACCACGGUCAAGAAGUGGAAGGACGUCCCGUUCGCCGUGGAGCACUUCACCUUCAGCGAGUACUGCCGUCGCCACGCCGCUCACCUUCUGGACUGACAAACGAGCUAAUGCUAAGCUCAUUUUCACAACAAUAUGUUGCCGUCCCUUUUUCCAAACAAAACCACAUUGAAUGAAAUGUUCAAUUUGAAUGUAUUUUUAAAAUCUGUUGGCGUGAUUAAAUGUAACCGUUUUUUCUUACCUUAAUGAC